CACAAUGUCAAGCGUGUUGGUGUCCUCGGCGCCGGUCAGAUGGGGUUGGGAAUUGCCUUGGUAGCUGCUAAUGUUUCCAAACUUCCUGUUGUGCUUUUGGAUUCAAAUGAGAAUCAACUGAGCAAGGGUCUCAAGUUUAUGGACUCUCUUCUCAAGAAGGAUAUCGCCAAGGGUCGUUUGACUGAGGAGCUGGCUGACGAAACCCGCGCCCGUGUGAAGACUACUCAGACCAUGGCCGAUUUCUCGGAUGUGGACUUUGUGAUCGAGGCUGUUUCCGAGAACCCAGCUCUGAAGGCUAAGUUGUUCCAUGACCUCGCUCAAGCUACACCCGCUAAUGCCAUUCUCUCAACCAACACAUCUAGCAUCAGUAUCACAAAGAUUGCGGCCUCUGCAAAGGGACGUGAGAAACAGGUGAUUGGUAUGCAUUUCAUGAACCCUGUACCCGUCAUGAAAUUAGUUGAGGUCAUUCCAGGUUUGGCAACUUCGGACGAGGUGUUGUUGACGACCAAAGAGUUGGCAGUUGCGAUGGGCAAGACCUGCACAGUCAGCCAGGAUAUUCCUGGAUUUGUGGCGAACCGAUUGUUGAUGCCUUAUAUUAAUGAAGCUGUUAUUGCAUAUGAGACCGGUAUUGCUUCGAAGGAGGACAUUGACACUACUAUGAGGUUGGGCGCCAACAUGCCAAUGGGACCUUUAACUUUGGCUGAUUUCAUCGGUUUGGAUACCUGCUUGGCCAUCAUGAAAGUCCUUCACGAGCAGUUGGGUGAUUCUAAAUACCGCCCUAGUGUCAUGUUGAACAAGAUGGUUGAUGCUGGAUGGCUUGGCAAGAAGACUGGGCGUGGUUUCUAUAUCUAUUAAAAAAUGAAGGCGAGAAAAUAAUUCUUCCGUAAAGAAGAAUAAAAGUAAAUCUUUUGCAUGGUAUAAUAGAAUAAUGUUAAAAAAUAAAAUUACAUUGGCAUAGUCUUUUCU